CGCCGAGCAGCAACAGGAGCCCGAGUGCCGCCGAGCAGCAACAGGAGCCCGUGCGCCGUGGGGCGCGGCGGCGGCGGCGCGGUGCGCGGUUACUGACAGGCACCAGCUGCCGCGCCGCCCGGACGCGCUAUGUGGCCGCUCCGAGCGAGGGGCAGAUUCCAGACUAAUCCCGGAGGGCUGGCCCAGCCCGAGCUGCCCGGGCGGCGGGGGAGCGAUGACCGCUCGCGUUAGCCCAAGUUGAAGGCCGCCCCGGCUGCGCGCUCGGGAGCCCGGGAGGCCGCGCUCCUCGGAACACUGGGGAGGGAGGAACAUGAACUGAGGAGGAACCAUGUACGGGAAUUAUUCGCACUUCAUGAAGUUUCCCACGGGCUUUGGCGGCUCCCCCGGCCACUCCGGCUCCACGUCCAUGAGCCCGUCGGCAGCCUUGUCCACUGGGAAGCCCAUGGACAGCCACCCCAGCUACACGGACACACCAGUGAGUGCCCCGCGGACUCUGAGUGCAGUGGGGCCCCCCCUCAAUGCCCUGGGCUCUCCAUAUCGAGUCAUCACGUCUGCCAUGGGCCCGCCCUCGGGAGCCCUGGCAGCACCUCCAGGAAUCAACCUGGUCGCCCCGCCCAGCUCCCAGCUAAAUGUGGUCAACAGUGUCAGCAUUUCAGAGGACAUCAAGCCCUUGCCAGGGCUUCCUGGGAUUGGAAACAUGAACUACCCAUCAGCCAGCCCUGGCUCUCUGGUUAAACACAUCUGUGCAAUCUGUGGGGAUAGGUCCUCAGGAAAGCACUACGGUGUGUACAGUUGUGAAGGCUGCAAAGGGUUCUUCAAGAGAACCAUAAGGAAAGACCUCAUGUACACGUGUCGCGAUAAUAAAGACUGCCUCAUUGACAAGCGCCAGAGGAACCGCUGCCAGUACUGCCGCUACCAGAAGUGCCUGGUGAUGGGCAUGAAGAGGGAAGCUGUGCAAGAAGAAAGGCAGAGGAGCCGGGAGCGGGCCGAGAGUGAGGCAGACUGUGCCAACAGUGGCCAUGAAGAUAUGCCUGUGGAGAGGAUUCUAGAAGCGGAGCUUGCUGUUGAGCCAAAGACAGAAUCCUAUGGUGAUAUGAACUUGGAGAACUCGACAAAUGACCCUGUCACCAACAUAUGCCAUGCUGCUGAUAAGCAGCUCUUCACUCUUGUUGAAUGGGCCAAGCGCAUUCCCCACUUCUCUGACCUCACCUUGGAGGACCAGGUCAUCCUGCUCCGGGCAGGGUGGAAUGAAUUGCUAAUUGCCUCCUUCUCCCACCGCUCGGUCUCUGUCCAGGAUGGCAUUCUUCUGGCCACGGGUUUACACGUCCACCGGAGCAGUGCCCACAGCGCUGGGGUUGGCUCCAUCUUUGACAGAGUCCUGACUGAGCUGGUCUCCAAAAUGAAAGACAUGCAGAUGGACAAGUCGGAGCUGGGGUGCCUGCGAGCCAUUGUGCUGUUUAACCCAGAUGCCAAGGGGCUGUCCAACCCCUCGGAGGUGGAGACCCUGCGAGAGAAGGUUUACGCCACCCUUGAGGCCUACACCAAGCAGAAGUAUCCAGAACAACCUGGCAGGUUCGCCAAGCUGCUGCUGCGCCUCCCGGCCCUGCGCUCCAUCGGCCUCAAGUGCCUGGAGCACCUCUUCUUCUUCAAGCUCAUCGGAGACACGCCCAUCGACACCUUCCUCAUGGAGAUGUUGGAGACCCCGCUGCAGAUCACCUGACCGCCCCCGGCCGCAGCCGCCCCACCCGGGACCACCCCUGGGCAGGUGUGUGUGACCCCCACCCCGCACACGUUCCUCCCCCCACCCCUUCCUGUUCCGCACACGUGAUGCUUACAAUAAAGAAACCUUUCUACAUG